CACAUUCAUUUCACAAAGAAGUCAUAGAGAACAUCUGGGAAGUUGGUUGGUGAAAAAAAAAUAGCUGAAAAAAAGAAAUUGUGUUACACAUAAAUUUAAGAAUGAAAUUUUGUUAAAAUAAAGCGUAACAAACAAAAAAUAGCCAACAAAGGAAGAGAAGAGAGCAAAGCAAAGAACAAGAGAGGGGCUGUUAGAGAACAAGCCCAACAUAAAAAGUAGUACACACAACAAACAAUUAAACGAUAGUAUACAAGAUUUUGACGUAAACUGAAUGAAAAACGGGAGAGGUAGGAAAAAAGUGAAACAAUAGCAAGUAGAAAGAGGUGUAGAACGAAGACGACGACGACGACGACAAAGAAGAAGAAGCAGCAAAGGAGACAAUUGGAAUUUUUUCACUGAAUCCAAGAAACGACAACGACUUAGAACGCAUUACAAGCGAACAAUCAGUAGUGUAAAAGGGCCAAGAUUUUUGUGGCGUUUCGCAAAAGAAGAAAAAGAAAAAAUCCUGUGAAGUGAAAAAUCAUUUUCAUAAACAAAAAUUUCAACCAAAGCCAAUAGUUGGUGUUAAAGAAAAUUGGUUUUGCCAAUGAUAGCAUUUUUUUUUUUAUAAAUUUUAAUAAUUCAUAGUUUUUUUCCCCCUUGAAAUACCUAUGCAUAUGCUGCUUUAUAAGCCAUAAAACUGUUCUGUGGUAUACGAUUUUUGUCCCUAAACCAGUAUUGAAAUAUCCAAGGAAUUAAAACGCACAAAUUACCAAUAAAAUUGAAAAACAACAAAACUGAAAAAAAUUUGUCUCAACGAAACGAUACCAAAUUAUUAUCGAUUUGUGUAUCUGUAAAUGAAUGUGGUUGAGCCAGGAGUCCAACAGGAAUAUUAACAGUUAAAGUAACUUUGCUUCAAAUCAUACGCCACCAAGCACCAUACAUACACACAUACUGACACAAAGUGCUAGUCAGUCAAACAGACAGACAAACAGACAGCCCCUACCAGCCAGCCAGCAGCAGUUUGUGUUAUUGUAAGCACGAAACACUGCGAAUGUCGUAUACUGCAAAACGCCAUUAAAAGCCAUAACAGCGCCACCAACGCAGCAGUCAGACUCACACACACACCAUACUCACACAUUGUCAAGCCGAAAAGCACAAGGCAUUGUACGACAUCUGAAAACAGCAUCAGCAGCAGCAGCAGCACAGUUUCAUCGUUGUGGUUGUUAAAGGAAAUAGUCUUAAAAAAAUCCCUACAAAAUUCUAAAAAAUAAACGGGACCUUAUCUACAGCAAAAUCAAAAAAAAAAUCUACAAAGUUAAAGAAAAUUCUUCAAGUGUCUUUUUUGCCCAGUAGCCAACAUAAAUUUGCUGAAUCUAAUUUGCAAUUUAAAAGAAAUAAAACAGAAACCUCAACAACAACAACAAAGCCAUUGCAGUGUUUAUUGUGUGCCUAUUGUGAAGAAACCAAAACCAGACCCUCCUCUUUUGAACCCCUCGCGCUCCGAUAACCUCAAUCAGGUUUGGUAAACUCGCAUAGCGGUUGCGGUGUGGUAUAUGACCUGACAUAGAAACCUAAACCCUUUCUGGUUCAUCUUAAUUGCGUUUUGAGUUUUGUUCCAAAUUUGUUUUGCUCCUACUCGUUGGAAAUUAUUGUGUGCCCAAAAUACCAGCAUAGCACAUUGCAUCUAAUCAGGUCUUUAAUUGCAACGUUGCCGUAUUUCUCCCAUUGGUGAAUUUGUGUGGCAGAAGAAAUACAAAAAAAAAACAAACAAAAAAAGAAGGAUUUUUCCCACAAGGAAACUUCGAAUUUCAUAGAAAAGCAAACAACAACAACAACAACAGCUUAAAGAUGGCUGGUGCCGGUGAUCCAAAAUGGCAAAAAGAUGCUUCCGAUCAAAAUUUCGAUUACAUGUUCAAAUUGCUGAUUAUUGGCAAUUCAAGUGUGGGCAAAACAAGUUUCCUCUUCCGCUAUGCCGAUGAUAGUUUCACAUCUGCCUUUGUGUCCACGGUUGGCAUUGACUUCAAAGUGAAAACAGUGUUCAGGCAUGAUAAGCGGGUUAAGCUGCAGAUAUGGGACACUGCCGGCCAAGAGCGUUAUAGAACAAUAACAACUGCAUAUUAUCGUGGCGCCAUGGGUUUCAUUUUGAUGUACGAUGUCACAAACGAGGACAGCUUUAAUUCUGUACAGGAUUGGGUAACUCAAAUCAAAACUUAUUCUUGGGAUAACGCACAAGUGAUUCUGGUGGGCAACAAAUGUGACAUGGAGGACCAGCGAGUGAUUUCCUUUGAGCGUGGCCGCCAGUUGGCCGAUCAACUGGGGGUGGAAUUCUUUGAAACAUCGGCCAAAGAAAAUGUUAAUGUUAAGGCUGUCUUCGAACGUUUGGUGGAUAUUAUAUGCGAUAAAAUGUCUGAAAGUUUAGAUGCCGAUCCCACGUUAGUGGGCGGAGGCCAGAAAGGGCAAAGACUGACCGAUCAACCUCAAGGCACACCCAACGCAAAUUGCAAUUGUUAAAUGCCCUUCCUGCUGUCUAAAUAUAAAGUAUACCCCACAUUUAACGAAAACAUAGUGGAAGAAAAAAAAAAACAAAAACACAGCAUAAUAAAAUAAAUAAAAUUGUUUUUUUUUUUGUUAAAUAAGCAGAAGAUGAUAAAUUAAGGAAAAUCAAGUAAAGAAAACAAAAGAAAUACAUUUCUCCCUCACAGGCAAAACACAAAAAAAACAGAAAAACUGAUUAAUAUGAAAAUUAUACAUAUUUACAAAUUAUUAAAUAAUAUAAUUCUAUAUAUAAAGAAUAAAAAAAAACAAACAAACUAUAAACAUAAGUUAAAUUUAAAGGAAGUGGAAAGAAAAACAAAAAACUUUAAGUAAAAAAAAUGCAUCGUUAUAAACAAAUAAAUAGUAACAAUUGUCAUAUAAUCAUAUUAUUUGUGUAACUAUUACUAUGAUUGAUAUAAAAAAAAACAAACAGUAAAUAAUAAUUAAUCACAUUAUUCUUGGAUUAUUAUGGACAUUAUGUAUUAUCAUGAUUAUUAUUAUUAUUAUUACUGCAAAAAAAGCAACAAAUAACGUAAUAAAACUACCAUUAAUUAUCAUUAUUAUUGUAUUAUUAUUAUGAUUAUUAUUAUGAUUAUUGUCAGUGUAUUGUCUCAUGAAAAAAUAGGAAAUCCAAAUUUCCAAAAUUUUGAAGGAAAACUAAAAUCCAAAUUGAAUUUAAGCGCAGAAGGAAACGAAAACGCUCCCUUAAUCAUUGUUUACAAUAACAAAAAAGAAAAUACAAAGAAAAACCAAAAAACAAUCCAAAUAAUGUCGUAUGAAUCGAUUAUAAUAAUAAACAGUAAUCCUCUAAUACAAAUGACAUGUAUACAUUUAAAUAAAACUAUAUGUUAAUCAAUAAACUAAAUUAUACACAACUA